GCUCAAACCUCCUGCAAUCGUCAUCCUCAUCUUUCAUUCUCCUGAACAACUCCUAAACAGAGUCUCAAUCCCGAUUUUCCCUUUUUAAAUUUCUACAUGCCUUCCAACUAUCAAGAAGAGGGAAAUAUAUCUCAUUUUGUGAAACCAAUAUUCCUGUUCUGGGACGUUUGGAUCUGAUUCGUUGCUCAUUCUCUUGCACCUCGACCGUUUAAGCUCUCUCUACUAUCCGACUCCUAGAUACUUGUUCCUCUAGGAGGCCAAUCCCUUGCUUAGCUUAUACUUAUGCUGAUAAAGAAAGGAAUCCAGCCAAUAGACUAAUAAAGCAGUUCCGUUCCUUUCCAUUCCAUUUGACUGUUCACAAUUCCCAACCGAAGCGAUGUCUACGAAGCCAUUUCCUGUAGUUCCCCCCCGGCCGUCGCGGGCUCCCAAUCCUCGAUCACCUCCAAACCCCGAGAUGCCAAAAGUGCCUGCUCGCCCGAACAAUCGCCGCAUUGACCGCUCUGCCUCUCCCAAUUGCGAUAGCUACGCCCCGUCACCAUUAAACGAGUUGCCAGCUGGGUCGGGUACGAGACGCCGACACUCAAACGAUGCCUCUAAUACUCCCGCUCGCCCGCCUAGUGUUACCCUACCCUCGGUUGGCCAGGAAGGGAUGGAGUAUGAAGGUCUAGAAUACCAGAAUUCAAGCGCGGAUAACAGGGAGAAAAGUCACGACCCUCCUAUGGAAACACGGAAUGUGAAUCGCGACCUACAUCUUCACGCUCCAAAGCCAUCGUUACCAAGUUCCAGCGCUGAAGCGCAGGUGCGGGCCGUUACCCGAACAGAUUCGCAACAGGCUGCCGCUGCAGGCAUUGGGAAUGUUGUAUCCUCUCCUGACUACGGUGGUGCGGAGCGCUCGAGGCCCAGCCAUAUGGAAACCGACGGGUCUCGGCAGGGUUCUUCUACUUCUUCAACAAAUCGUCGGACAUCCAUACAGUAUGGAGAGGAAGGAGGCAUUCCUGAAAUUGGCCAGCGCGUGCCUAUGGAUCCUAAUGCAGGCGACGUGCAAGCGCCGUCGCCAUCUCAAUUUGGUGAACUUGGCAAUGAAGGUGGACAACAGCGGCAUGGGCGCAACCAUCAGCGUACUAAAAGUGGUCGGGAAGCUUCCCUUCCACCGGGUAGUUAUGGGCUUCGCGGCCACGGAGUACAACCAAGCGACAGGUUUGAGAAGGCGUGGUUUGACAAGCACCCUGAUGAACUGGCACGCGAGGAGCAGUCCCAGUAUGGACCGGGCCUGGGCCAUGAGCGACCGGAAUGCGCCUUAAGCAGCGAUGAUUUAAAUAAAAUCGUGAGGAGAUCUGCAAGUACAGGGGUUGGUUUGGCAACUCAUGCGAACGUUGUAGGCACACCGCAAGAAGAGCUGGCAUACGUUGCGACUGACGAACUUGCUUCUCGGCUUGCAUCUGCAGCUCCUGAGUCUCGCUUGUCUAAAGACACUCAUGAGAAGGAGGAGGUAAUCCAUAUUGAUGAGCCGCUUCAUAGCCAACACCACCCCGAUGGCUUUGCCCCCGCACCAGAGGAUCACAAACCACAUGGCGCCCAGCCAUUGGAGGAGCCUGGUUGGGCUGAUGAAAACCCAAAUGAAGCACCCGUCCUCGCAGCGGAUGAAAUUGAACCACGUGCAGAGCAUUUACAACCUGCGAUCUCGCCCGCUUUCGAGCUCGGCUCUCCCGGUGUGAACGCCCACAGUCGAUCAAAUAGCCGUACAGAAAAUCGCGCAAGUAGCCAGACCUCCAGUACUCAAGGUACUGUUCCAAACAUGACGAGGCUUGGUUCACGCAGCGGGGAACGUGAGGAAAUCCAUACGGAACUCGAAGACGUUAAAGAGUACGAACCACUGUUCCCAGACGAUGACGAAGAGACGAAAAUAGUUACACCUGCAGAGCGAUUUAAACGUCGUUCUGAGCAACAUCGAUUUCCUAGCAAGGAUAUUUGGGAAGAUGCUCCGGACAGUUUACAACUGGAGGCUACAGUCACAACGCCCGAUGUCCCAAGUAAGUCUAGCGAUAACGAGAAGUCCCCGUUAGAGCCUUCAGAGGAGGAAGCUUUGCAGAACAAGCGAACAACGUCUUCAAAGCCCAGUUCCCCGUUAAAGGAGCUUCAGAGUCAUCUUGAGGAUGAAAAGCCGCCUAGGGCGGAAUCCAGACAGCGGUUCCCGAGUAAAGAUGUUUGGGAGGAUGUUCCUGACAGUCAGCGGCUUGUAACUACUGUUCAGACGCCUCAGGAGGGAGAGAAGUCGACUUCUCCUGAAAGCCCAACGAAACCUGCACCCACCAUUCCUGCGCGACCUUCAAAAUCGAUAAGCCCCGUAGAGGGAAAAGCCCCAAGCCCAGCUGAGUCUAGAAAACCGCCUACAAUCCCUAGCCGUCCAAAACCUAAGCCCCCUGCACGACCAGCAAAACCGUCAUCACACAAUUCUGACGAGAGCAUAACAACAACCGUAUCUGCUGGCUCUCCUGAUGCUCCGGCAGCACCGCCAUUCGUAAAGACAAAACCUCCUAUUCCCACUCGACCUGGUGGGUCCAAAAUCGCUGCUCUGAAGGCCGGAUUUCUUUCACAAUUGGAGGGUCAUCUGAAGUUGGGACCGCAAGGCCCUAAACCUCAAGAAAAGAAGCCCGAACCCGAAGAAACUGUUGAAAAGGUGCCUUUGAGCGAUGCUAGAAAGGGUCGAGCGAGGGGUCCAGCGAGAAGAAAACCCGCUGUUCCAGUUGCAGUAACCCCUGCAGAACCCGUCAGAAAGCCAGCUCCAGCUCCCCCCAAGAUCAAAGUCGUGAAUGCAUGGAAUGUAUGGCGGAUCGGGGGAGAUGGGGUUCUCGUUGUAGGCGACACCUCCCCCGCCAAGGCUAGAUCUGCAUCACCACCAGAUUUACCUACUACCACAAUUCCCAAGUCACAACCCAGCGCGCUUUCGGAACAGGCGGGUUCCCCCUCUUCUACUACUGCCACUACUGCCACUCCCACUGUACCCCAAGCUCCCGAUACGAACACAGAUACAGAUGCGGGCUCUUCCCCCGAGACGACAUCGAAACCCGCGCCGACGAAAGAAUCCGAUGAACCUGCUCCCGUUGCCCGCGACUCGACAGCGACGAGCUCGUCGUCACCAUCACGAAAUCCAGAACCCACCCCAUCCGCGUCAAGCCACGAUGAUGGUGAUGGUGAUGGUGAUGGUGAUGGUGAUGGUGACGGUGACGGUAAUGGUUUAGAGGCAGAACCACCGCAACAAGAACCACUGGUCGAAGCUGAGGUAGAACCUGGCGAUGAGACCCCCCUUGUGGCUGAGCCUGGUCAGGAAAAGUCCGGUUCGCCGGCACUAGAUGAUGCAGAUGUUGUUGAGCAAACUUCCGCACCGACUGAACCGCUAGAGAAAAGUGCUUCGGGAACUUCAGACUCUGCUGGUACUAGUUCGUAGUAAAGGUAGGUGGGUUGGUUGGAUUGGUGUGGAUUGGGAGAUGGGAUGAGUGUUUUCAUUUAUGAACAGAUCAUUUUCCCUUUUCUCGUUAUUUUCUCCACCCCCUUUUCUCCCCCAACUUGUCUUGUCUCCUCGCUUAUUGACAGCUGACUCGAAUGCACAUAACACUUCUCUUCUAAAGCAAGGAAAAAUAACUGGAAAUAAAUGUUGGGAAAUCUCCUGAUUCUCUAGAAACCAUGUCAUUUUGCACACAAUUUACUUUUUGCUCAAUAAUUAAUUGUAUUCAUUAACUUACGUUUUUUCUCUUACAUCCAAACCAUUUAUUUAUCUUUCUUGGCCCGCUUCUAGUUUCCAGUCUUCCUCUCUCCCUUACUUCCCUCCUGCUUCCCUUAACUUACAACACGUUAAUAUGUUAAAAAUAGCCCACCACUUGGAUAAAAUAAAAUAUAUUAAAAUGGGGGCAAAACUUGGUUGGAAACAAGUUACCUUAGCCACCAAUUUCUUUUUGAAGAUAGUAAAAUAAACUCCUUUCCUCCCACCAUCACCAUUUUACGCUGUCAGAAAGCCUAUAUAUAUAUAUCUCCGUUUGGAUUUACGAUAGGUAGUUAAGUCGAAGCAGUUGUAUAGUGAACUUUAGGCAUCCGUGUCCUCUGUCUCUCUUGUCUCUCUCUCGCCCCUUUUCCUUUUUCCCUCCAUUCCCACCGUAACUCUUAAGCGAUGCACAGCUCCGGUCCUUUCAUAAGAAAUGUGCUGUAUGAAAUCGUUUCAUCGUGGUUGAAUAGCUUUAAACUGGCCGUGUUUUGGAUUUUGGGUUUUGAUGUUUGGAAGGUUUAAGUUAGCUAGUAGUAAAUAGUAAACUAGUUAACCUACUAUAUAUUAUAGUUAACUAUCCUGGUAAAAACCGGACGAGAUAGCUAUUUCCAUCCGGGUGAGAGUAGCCCGGAGAACUUAUGUACAUGUAUGUACACACACAUAUGUACCGAUGCAGAUAUAUCUAAUAUAUCUGAGUAAAAUGAAUAGAAACGAGACGAAAGAAAGAAAGGUCAGUUCCGCGAUUGUUAUUCUCAGCUGGGGAAGAGAGAGAGGGAGAGGGGAGAGGACAAAUGUGGGAGGGUUAUGUAU